AUUGCAACUUCUUGCUAAACUUGCCUAUCAAGUAAAUAUGUGUCUAUUUAGAAAAAAAUGAUAGACAUUAGCUUUUAAUCUUCUAUCUUAUACAAUCAAUCUUAAAUAUAACUUUAUUUUAUUUUAUUUGAUAGAUAAAAGUACAGUCGAACGCUUUUUUGCGUCGACGUGAUAUUUUAGUUUCUGAUUUCAUUGCUGGCGAGGCGUUAAUGUGGGGGGGGGGUGGAGAUGGAGUAAAAUUGCUUCAACGAAAAAAUCAAGACAAAUCGCCGCCAUUACAGCCAAUUCAUAUGUUAAAACUUGGUAAUACUGAUUUUUAUUAUAUUUAGGUUGGUACUGUUGGUAGUACGCGCAAUCCCCACGAUGCCCUCGUCGGUGAUGUCGGGAGUCGGGAUCACUUGGCACGGCAGUUUCUGAUACCAGUAUACCACUCGGUUGGUAGUCGCAUGAGCGGCGCUGACUCGUUGAUGUGUACGUAACAGCUGUGCAGCCGAUGAUCGCAGCUCGUCGCGGCGUUUUCGGAGCGAUUCUUUUCGCGUGUGGGACGAUCACCGGAGGCGAUUUCUGACGUGAACGGAGACGGAGUAUCGUCGCGAACGGCAAAGACGAGCGAGCGACAGAGGGAAAAAAAAAGAGAGAGAAAGCGUGUUCCCGAACGCGGUGCUGCUAUGCCUCACCCAGAAUCGGGUGCACGAGUGCCGUCGCGAUCGGUCAUGCCGCUCCAACGAUCGCGGGGAUUCGCAAUGUAGCCCCUCCCGCUCCUCCUCGCAACAUCCGCCCGUUCCCGCUGCUCCUCCUGCUUCUUAUCCCAUCGAGUCCGAGGAAAAAAAACACGCACUCUCUCUUUCUCUCUCACGCGUCGUUGUCGUCCCGACAUCCUGAUCACAUCGAUGCGUCGUCACGCAACGUUGACGAACACUCGCGCAACAACGCUCAUAAAUCUUGACCGCCGCGUCGAGUCAUCCGCGACUACGCGUUCAUCCUCAACCUCAUCAUCAUCAUCAUCAUCAUCGUCGUCGUCGUCGUCGUCGUCGUCGUCAUCAACGUCGUCGCCUACUACGAGAAGUGCCUUCCCUCGACUCCCGUCGUUUGGCCGUGCGAGUCUCUCGAUUGCAGAGGAGGCGAUGUGCUCUACGUUUCACCUGCCCCGGCGGUGAACGCGACGGCAGUCUUUACCGAUACCGUACCUUUGUCCAGUCCUGCCUGUCCGCCUCGAGAAGUGAAUCAGCUAGAAGCUAGCUGCCAACAGAAAUGCAUCGCUGAGACAGUUUGAAAAACAGAGACUGUCGUUCAGGUCAGAGUGUGUGUGACGAUCUUCAAUACAUAACCUGAAGGACAAAAUGUCUCAACUAAACAUCAAUACGGGCAAGCGAGGACGAGGGGUCGCGAGCACUUCCGCGUCGACCGUGUCCGCCCUAAGCAGUUCCACCGACUUGGCGAGCCUCUUCGAAUGUCCCGUUUGCUUCGAUUAUGUGCUUCCACCUAUCCUGCAGUGUCAGAGUGGACAUCUAGUCUGCACGAAUUGUAGACCGAAACUCUCCUGCUGCCCCACAUGCAGGGGUCCACUGGGUAACAUCCGUAAUUUGGCCAUGGAAAAGGUGGCGAGUAAUGUCAUGUUUCCCUGCAAAUAUUCCACCAGUGGUUGCACAGUUUCACUGGUGCACACGGAAAAGGCAGAUCACGAGGAUGCAUGCGAGUUCCGUCCAUACAGCUGUCCCUGUCCAGGCGCGUCCUGCAAAUGGCAAGGAUCGCUGGAACAAGUGAUGCCACACCUUAUUAUGAGUCACAAAAGUAUUACGACAUUACAAGGCGAAGACAUUGUUUUUUUGGCAACUGACAUUAAUCUACCUGGAGCUGUGGACUGGGUCAUGAUGCAAUCUUGUUUUGGCCAUCAUUUUAUGCUGGUGCUCGAGAAACAGGAGAAAUACGACGGGCAUCAACAGUUCUUUGCGAUUGUACAAUUGAUCGGCUCUAGGAAGCAAGCAGAAAACUUUGCUUACAGAUUAGAACUAAAUGGGCAUAGAAGACGCCUCACAUGGGAAGCUAUGCCACGUUCUAUUCAUGAGGGUGUAUCGUCCGCGAUUUUGAAUUCUGAUUGCCUUGUAUUUGACACUUCCAUCGCACAGCUGUUCGCUGACAAUGGAAACCUAGGGAUUAACGUUACGAUUUCUAUGGCCUGAGGAAAGCCAGAAAAAGCGGUGUAAAGAGAAGAGAUAUGACACAACCCAGACAUAUCGAGCAGUCCUCGUGAAGUGCAGUAAAGUAAAAUGGGACUGCCCGUUAUGCGCACAGAACAAUUUUUUUUACGUUACCAGAUGGAUAUUAGCAAUACAGAGACAUUAGGGAAUGUUGUUUCGAGUAUGUUGACGAUAUGCAGCAUUUGGAUUCUCAGUAUAGGACUGAAGUUAUAAAGCUUUAAAGCAGUUUUUGGAUGUGAUGUAUUGAUAUAUCACAGAGAUAAAUAUCUUUUCAGUAUAUUAUAUGCUGUGACUUUGCAGCUUUGAUGCUGAGUACGAUAUCGAAUUCCGAGAAAAAGAAAGUACCUGAUAUCCACGCUAUUGUCACAUUACUCUUACUCAUUUCGUAUCGAACUUUUAUUCAUGUAUCUCUGAGAUACGAUGCAUUAUUGGACAACGGACAAUCGUUUUUGUCUGUAUUGUACGAUUUUUAUGGACUUGUACGGCAAACAUGGACAAAGCGAGUUUUACGUUUUAUUAUGAAUCUCGGCAUGUAAUUGAUGCACUUCAUUUUCGAUGUGCAUAUUUCAUGUUUUAUAUUAUUUAUUUUCACUAAAAUUCACUUUUGAUUUUAAAAAAUUGUUAAACUUUUAAUUUCUUUGCAUGAAAAAAAAUUUUUAAUGACGCCGCGUAUUUUUAUGUUAUUUGUAACGCGGUAAAUUCGGCUUUCGUAACAAACGCAGCCGCAACCGUUUGAUUAUUCCGACCGUUUUAUUAUUUAUGACUAUUGCACGCAAUCAUGGUGCUCUUUCUGCGAUUUUUAUAUGCAAAUAAUAGUGAAAAGCAAAUCAGUUUUUUACCUAGUCUGAAUGUCCGAGCAAGAUGCUAAUAUUUUUACAACAGUUGUAUCAACGUGGAUUGCGUUUCCGAAAUGUAUCAAUAUCUGUAAUGUACCAACAUAGUAUUGAAUAUCUAAUACUAAACAUUUGAGCCAUAGAUUUCAGAGCUAUCUGUAUAUAUUUCGAAACGCAUCCGUGGUAUGGAGCAAUGUUAAAUUGCAGCAAAGUUCCUGUAAGCAAGAUAAAAAGGAAGUUAGAAGUGUGUGACUAAAGCAAUGAUAUUAAAAUGAUAAUAAUAAAUUCAGAGAAAUUGUUUUAUUCACAUAUAAAUUUAAUGUCACCGUUAUACGUUUAUUCUUAUUUUAUAAAUAUAUGACAAAGAAAAAAAUACUUUGUAUUAUGUUCAAUGUUUAUUAAAUUGAUUCUUUUAUGACGAAUAACUUUUCUGAAAUUAUAUUUUAAUAAGAGCUGUUUUAGAUAACAAUCAUCUCACAAGAUUUUUUUUAGUUAUAAAAAUUUUUUUAAUUAUUUAAUUUAUCAAAAAAUUAUCUUAUUAUAUUCACUGUUCUACUUCUCAGAUUCUUCCUUUGUACCGUUAGUUUAUACAACAUAUUCAUAGUUUUGAAGAAAGUUUUUGAAAUGAGAAAUUUAGCAAAACAGAGCAUUGAACCGACUCGCAACGACUUGAGAAAGUCGUUCAAUAAGUCAAACUAACAACAGAGAAAAGUUACAAGGAAAAAGAGGAAGAACAUUAUUUUCUUCGGAGGAACAAUUUAGACUGAAAUGUAAUUAUAUGAGAUGAGUAGGCUAAGUCUAUAAUGAUUGAUUAUAUUUUUCAUAGAUGGAAACUAUGACGCGGGAACUUGCACGAGUAUAAUUGUAUUUUUAUCCGUAUAAUUUUCUUCAAGUACAGAUUGCUAAUUAUUCUAUUUAAGUUAUUAUUUUCACUUCUUUCUAAGUUGCUAAGUAAUUCAUACAUAUUGUUGAAACUGCCUCAUUAUCGAAGGCUGCUGACGAUAUUGGAUUAAUACCGUAAUAUGUCACUAGCAAUUGUUCGCGAAUUAUUUAUCGGUUUAAUGCCCUGUAAUACACAGUUGUGUGAGAGAAAGGAAGAAGUUUACGAAGUGUAUAGGCGAAAGCAUACUGUUAUUGUAAAUAAGACGCGAAAACUUAUUAUGUGAUAUAAUUAGUAUUAUAGUAAUGUACAUCACACAACAUGCUGACAUUCACAAUGUUGGAAGUGAACUUGAAGGGAACCAAGUGCACGGUGUAUGCGCGCCCCGUAAAUAUAAUCUAGCGUGCAUUAUCAAGCUUGUAACGAAUUAUAUUUACAUACGUCUGUUAGGCGAACAUUUAAUUUUAGUGGAUUCACAUUGAGAAACGAGCCUUCUUGGCGGUUACUGAUAAAAAGAAAGAAACAAAGAGAGAAAAUGAAAGCCCCUGAGUAUGACGUUGAUUGUUAUGCCCCGUAUGGAGAGACUGUAGAGAGCACAUUUUUCCAGCUUGUUAGCGUGAAGCAUAAUUUGGCGAAUCUCGAACGAGAUUGAAGGAAUCAGUGCGCUCGUCAUUCCGAGAUCAUCAGAUGUAAUCGGUACGCGUGAGAAUUCUGGAUGGAAAUGGAAUUAUUAUGAUAUAGGAAAAGGAUUACAAAAAUAAACACGCUGGAUGUGAUUUUUCUUCCUGUAAAUUACUAGACGGUGAUCUAACAAUUUAUGUUUCGAGGAAAUGCAUCUCUCUCACAUUGUUAAGUAUCUUGUACAUACGAUAAGAUAAACGAUAUCGCAUAAUCCUUAUACUUUAACUAAGUAGUAAUUUAUUCUCUAGUAUUUGCGAGGGCUCUAUUCCCGUUUCAUUGAAUCGUUUUAUUAAAAUGCACGAAAAUGCAAUUACGUUCGAUUCGCUUGACGGGUAAAUAUAUUGUUUCGCUUGUAUUACAGAAAAUGAUUAUAUAUAACAUUUAAUAUUCUCUCCCAAAAAGGAAGGCGAGGAGACGAGAAAAUAAUUAGUCGCGUUACGAGUUGAAUAAGAAAUAAAAGAGCUGGUGAGAAUAUGUAAAAUGUUGAAAGCUGUAGAUGAGAUUGUCAAUCCAACGUCGUUAUCGUAUGAUAUGGAUUGACAAUCUCAUCAUUUUGUUUCUGCAUGAACUUACAGAUAUCUUAAUAAUAUUUUUAUGUUAGACCUACGUUACGGUACAGAACUUCCCUUUUUUAUGCUGAGAUACGUUGAAACUAUUACGUUUGAAAUUAGUACAUCGAAAUUAAUUUAUGUACAUAGCAGACGGAUUUUCACAUUUAGAGAAUUUUUCUUCCGAUGAAUUUUUACACGUUUAGAAUGGUUUUCGCCGAUUUUAACAUGAUUUUUAUCCAUUCACGACAUCUGCGUUUCGGUUGCGAGUUGCGAGGAAUGUGUCUGUACUCAUCGUACACUUGGCGAAUACCCAACAUAUCCUGAAUAAUCUAUCUUUUUUAUUUGUUUGACGAUACAAUUUGCAAAGUCACGAAUGAGUCAUUUGUGAGCUCUGAGUCCACAGCAGGAUAUUUUUACUCUACGAGAUGUCUAGCGGAGAAGCCGGCGGUGCUCGUGCAUUCGCAGACUAGUAUAAUUGUCGACAGAAUAUAGCUUUAUUUAAAUAUACUGUAUAUACUUAUAUAUGCAUAUUUAUAGAAUCUACAAAAUGUUCAAAUUAUGUAUAAAAAGCAUUAAUAAAUUUUUUUUUAUAGAUA